AUGGCCCAACUUUUCCACCCAACUAAAUUCCAUGAAAAUUGGAUUUCUCAAAGUUUGGUGAGUCAAACAGAUUCUCAAAAUGCAACUGAUUCUGGAGAGAACAUUCACUCAAGAGAAGACUCUCUAGAACCAAAACCCCCGGAUUUUGGGACAAUUGACACUAAUGAGAUGAUACAAGCAAUUGAGCAAGUUGAACAGCAGUGCCUGCAGGGUGAAGAACAGAAUCAAGAAGGAGAACCUCUAACAUUAGAGGACAUGCAAUGGAUUGCGAAUAAGGUGUCAAUUCGCAUUCUCAAAGAAAUAAAGCGCCAGAAAAAUCCACAUAUUGUUUUGCUUUUCGAGACUAAGUGUAGUGGAGAAAAAGCUAAUGCAGUUGUCAGGGAUUUAGGCUUUCAGUUUGCACACAGGGAAGAGGCAAACGGUUUCUUUGGUGGCAUUUGGAAAUGGAAUAGGGAUGUUUCUGGACACCUCUUUAAGGAAAAAAGAAGGCUUCUUAACAGGAUAGCUGGUAUUCAAAAUUUUCCUUCUUAUGGCACCAAUCCUUUCCUAGAUGACCUCGAAAAAGAGCUGAGUAGCGAGCUGGACAUUAUCCUAUAUAGGGAGGAGGUCUUUUGGCUACAAAAGUCGAGACACCAAUGGAUUGUUGAUGGAGAUCGAAAUACACGCUUUUACCAUACAAAAACUCUUAUUAGAAGGCGUAAAAACUGUAUUGUGAAACUUAGAAGCAAGGAUGGAGCUUGGAUUGAAGACCAAGAAGAGAUGAAAAGUUUAGCUAGCAAUUAUUUCAAGGAGCUGUUCAAGGAAAAGGAUCAUUAUAGGCCUCAAUUUCAACUUAACACGACAUAUCCAAAUAUGAAUGCUACUCAUCAGAAAAACAUGGUGAAAUACCCAUCAGCGGAGGAAAUUAGACAAGCUUUAUUCAAGAUAGGCCCUUUCAAGGCACCGGGUGAAGAUGGCUUUCCAGCAUACUUCUUCCAAGACCAGUGGUAUGCCAUUAUACCUUCCCUUUGUCAAUUUAUUUCCAUGAUGUGGAUAGAUCCGAAAAAUAUAGGCAUUGUCAACAAAACACUCAUUGCCCUUAUUCCAAAAGUCCAACAGCCUGAGUUCAUUGUUCAAUUCCGGCCAAUUGCUCUAUGCAAUGUGGUUUACAAAUGCCUAACAAAAAUCCUGGUAGAAAGAAUUAAACCCACACUUAAAGACAGGAUCGCACCAAAUCAGUCAAGCUUUAUACCGGCAAGGGUGAUACAUGACAACAUUAUUAUUGCUAAGGAAAUGGUGCACACUAUGAAGAAGUUGAAGGGGAAAAACAAGUUUAUGGCCAUCAAAAUAAACUUUGAGAAAGCCUAUGAUAGAUUGAAUUGGGAGUUUUUACAAGGCUGCCUAAGAGAGUUUGGUAUUCUGACUCAGAUGAUUUUUUUCAACCGUCUAGGGGUAUUAGGCAAGGAAACCCAAUCUUUUCCUUAUCUCUUUGUUGUUGCUGUUGAUAAAUUAUCUCAAGCUAUAGAAGAACAAGUGGAAAGCGGUGAAUGGAAGCCUAUGAAUGCUGGAAGAGACGGCCCUCCUAUAUCCCACCUGUUAUUUGCCGAUGAUCUUCUUCUUUUCACAGAAGCUUCCAGCAAGCAAAUAGAGGUUGUUAUGCAAACGCUAAACUCCUUUACUCUAGCAUCUGGCCUAAAAAUAAAUGCAAACAAGACCUCAGUAUACUUCUCAAAAAAUGUUGAAACUGGGACUAGGGAAUAUAUUAAAGGAAGAAAUGGAUUUAAAGAAGUAGACUGUUUGGGACGCUACUUGGGGGCCUUGUUCACUAAUCAAAGAAGGGGGAAGGAGAGGUAUAAAUCGGCUAUUGACAGAGUAAGAAACAAGUUGAAAGGGUGGAAGAUUAACUGUCUAUCUCUAGCAGGACGGGUCACUCUUGCCAAAUUUGUUAUAGGGCCAAUCUUAAACUUUGAUAUGAGUUAUGCUCGCAUACCAAAAGGAGUUUGUGAUGAGGAAUUUCCUAUAUCAUCUAAUGAUUCAGACCUGUGGCGUAACAUGUAUAAACUUUGGAAUCAGGUUCGAGACAAUGUCAUCUUUGCUAUGGGCAAUGGCCAAUAUAUUUGCUUUUGGAAGGACAUAUGGAUUAGAAAGGAAAAUCCUCUGCUGGAAUACACGAUGACACUUAUUGAAGCAGAUAACACUAACUGCAAAGCCACGAAAUAUGUGCUCCCAGAUGAAAAUUGGAACAUACAUUUGCUUUGUCAACUUCUUCCGAUGAACAUUGUUGAAAAGAUCAGAGCUCAAAUGCCCCCCAGUGAAGAUAUAGGGACAGACAAAAUAAUGUGGGGCCUUAACUCUCAUGGAGACUUUUCGAUUUCAAGCGCUUACAAAAGCAUCUAUCAAGCCCGAGGAGUACAGCAUGGAAUUUGGGAACUCCUUUGGAGGUGGAAAGGGCCUCAAAGAAUUAAAAUGUUUAACUGGUUGGCCUUACACAAAAAACUCCUAACCUCAGAACGUCGUGCACGUCUUUUUGGCGUCUCCCCAUAUUGUCACAUAUGCAAUGGAUGCCCGGAAACCUUGGAACACGUUUUGAGAGACUGCCCUAGUGCGUCAAGUUUAUGGACACGUUUAAUUCACCCUUCUAAGAAUUGGAGGAACCGUGAAAUCUUCGAUCCACCUUUUAAAAGACCGGAAGAUGCUCGACCAGUGAUAUAUAACUUUAUAAAUUCAGUGCAUGCAGCAUUUCAAAGAGAUUUGAGCAUUAAAGGAAGAAUAAUGAAAAUUGAGGCAGAAAUCCGGUGGAACCCCCCACCACACGGAUGGAUCAAAAUCAAUACAGAUGGUUCCUCUCUAGGAAACCCGGAAUUUGCUGGAUGCGGAGGACUCAUUAGAGAUGAACACGGCAGAUGGGUAGCAGGAUUUAUGCACAAUAUUGGUACUUGCUCUGCUUCUCAAGCAGAGAUGUGGGGUUUGAGAAAUGGCCUUAAUAUGACAUGGGAACUUGGAUUUAGAAAAGUUGUUGUGGAGAUGGAUUCGAGUGUUGUCCUGGAUUUGAUUUCUAACAAGAGCAAGCACAGAGACCAACCUGAUCCCAUAAUCAGAAGUAUUGAUGGUCUAAUAAAUAGAGAAUGGAUGAUUGAAUUCAGGCACACCUUUCGUAAAGGCAAUAGAGGUGCAGAUUUCUUGGCUAAGGAGAGUCUUAAGUGUCCUCCAGGCUUUCAAUUUGUAGACCUCCCUUCCCCCGCUUUACAGCUCAUUCUAAAUGAUGAUUGUAGAGGGAUUUCUAUCCCCAUAUUAAUCUCAGUUUUGUAA